CACAGAACAGAGCAAACCCUAGCUAAGAUCGACGAAAGCAUGUCUUUUCCGCAGCCUUUCGACAUGGUUAUGGACGAAGGCAUGACUGAUCCGCUGUUUACCGAGAUGAUGUCUGAUCCGCAGUUUACCUACAAACCCGUGCCUACGCCGGUCCUAAUAUACGAAAACGCUAAGACAUCAGUCUUUUGGGACAUGGCUGGUUACCCUAUUCCUAAUGGUGUCGACCCUGUAUUGUUUUGUGGCGUUAUGAAAAACGCUCUUGUCAACCAGGGUUAUAAAGGGGAGCUGUCGAUCUAUCUUUACGUUGAUACUGGUGAACUGCUACCUAAUGGUCUCGAGACCUGUGUCGAAUUCGAUUUCUUACCCGAAGGUGAUGACUAUGCGAGAAUAUCUUCGAUGCUAGUGGACAUAUCAUUUUGGGCACUGUCAUAUCCUUACUCAAAUAUUAUUGUCCUCUCCAAAAACAUCGUUAGAGGCACGAUUGUAGCUUUCGAAAGCUUGUAUAAUACACAUGGUCUUCUCUUAUCCAAAACUGAACCGGAUUGGCUGGUUCCUGGUGAAAGGUCAACCUUGUUUCUGACAAGCCUUUUUGAAGACCCGACCGGAGGCCAGUUGUCGACAAGCUCUCAAAAACAAAGGAAAAUCCAGGGUGGAGGAGGAACAAGCUCACAAGGAGCGAAAAGGGUAGGCUAGACAUAAGAUGUCAACCAAGGUAGAGAGCAAAGAGGUUGAAGCCAGACCAGUCUCAUAUAUAGCUGCAAUAUAUGACUGGUACGUACCGUUAACCCGUCUGUAACAGAGGAGGCCAUUGCAGCUGCUGCAGUAUUGCAACUUGUGCUUGAGUGUUCUAGAUCCAAAACUACCAUAUCUUUCUUAUAAUUCUGGAUUUGACAUUAUUUCUGAGUAGAUUGUAAUCUCAGAACACGGUUAUAAAUCUGUGUUUUUUUUUUAAUGAUUUU